UUCAUCCAUGUCUGCGACAUAUCGAUCUGUCAAACUUGUCAAAUAAUUUUAAUAUAUUAUAUAUAGUUUAAGUUAAAAAUUUUGUAAUACACUUUAAAAAUUUAUCAAAAUGGAUGAGUUUCCUGAUCCAGACGAAGAAUUUGAUUUAGCACAUGAAGAUGAGUUUGAGUUGCUAAAUGAAUUAGAAGAUUUUGAAGGACCUCCAAGUAAGAAGAUAUCAAAUAAAUCUUCAGUACAACCAAACUUAUUAGCUUCAUCAACACAGAUUGAUCAUCAAAAAUCUACAAAUUUGCCUACAGUACAAAAAAUUGUCAAUCCUGAUUUAGCAGUAGAAAAUGGUUUAUCUCAAAAUACUUGUCAACCUACUGACUCUAUUUCUUUUAGUAAAUUUACACAAGAAACUCCAACGAAUUACAAGCAGGAUUUAUCGAAAACGAAAAAUAAUAAUUCUGAUUCAAGAGCUUUUGAUAGUACGUCUCGUGAAGAAAUCAAAAAAUUAAAUGACAAAAGAAAGCGGACAGUUGAUGAAUUGGUAGAAGAUGUUAACGCUCUUCUGAGCGGAGAAAAUCUUGAAAUCUCUUAUUUACAUGAACCAGAGAUAAUUGAGCAAACAUCUAAACGGCCUCGUUGGAACGACUAUGAAGAAGUAAGAAAAUUAAUUCUACAAGAAAGAAAAAUUUAUAAUUCUCGUGAUUCAACUGGAUUGUCUUCUAAUAACCGUCUUGUUCAAAGUUUAAGUCCUAAAAAGGAUACCAUUUCAACCAGACCUCCACGAUGGAAUUUCAUAAAAAUGACACGAAAUACAGAUGGUCAGUCUUUAUAUGUAAGAGUUAAAAAUGAUGAAAAAGGAGUUUUUGUUAAAGCUCAACCGACAACUCGUUUACUGUCAGUUUCUUAUAGUCAAUUAAAAGCUCAAGCCGAAGAAAUCAUAAUUAAAAACAUUGAAUAUGCGACUCUUCCUCAAUCAGUACAAAUAUCUAAUGAAAAUUCCGACGACUCACUCUGGGUUGAUAAAUAUAAACCUAAAAAAUAUCUGGAACUACUGUCAGACGAAAAUAUCAAUAGAAAAUUUCUUCACUGGUUAAAACUCUGGGACAAAAUUGUCUUUCAUCGAGAGCCGGUAAAAACUAAAAGGAUUUCACUUUCUGAGACGAAUAAAAAAUUUGGUAGGAAGAAUUUUAAUAAUGAGGAGAGUGUUGAGGAGUUUGAUAGUAAAGGUUAUCCUUUUUAUCGAAUCGCUUUACUUAGUGGACCCCCAGGUCUUGGAAAAACAACUUUGGCUCACGUAGCAGCAAAACAUGCAGGAUAUAAUGUGAUUGAAAUGAAUGCGAGUGAUGACAGAGAACCAAGUGCUUUCAGAGAAGCUCUUCUUUCGUCAACACAAAUGCAAGCGGUCAUUGGUGCCAAUCCUCGACCAAAUUGUCUCAUCUUAGAUGAAAUUGACGGAGCUCCAAGUGCGUCAAUCGAUCUUCUUAUAAAAUUUGUACAAGGGAAACUAGUGCAAAAGGGAAAGAAAAAUAAACAGACAAUUGAAAAGAUGAAACUCGGUUGUCAACGACCUGUGAUUUGCAUUUGUAACGAUUUAUACGCACCUGCAUUAAGACAGUUGAAAGCAAUGGCUUUGGUUAUUCCCGUUCCGGCAAUUGAGCCAACAAGACUGGCAGAUAGAUUAAUGGAAAUAUCUCGUAAAGAACAUUUGAAAGUCGAGUAUACUCAUUUAAUUAAAUUAUCUGAGAGAUCGGGUUGCGACAUUCGAACGUGUUUGGGAGCUUUACAAUACAUGAGGGGCUCAAAUAUUAAAGAAAAUUUAAGUCUCGGACUCAAAGACACUCGCAAGGGACUUUUUGAUUCAUGGAAAAUUUUACUACAAGUGCCAAUGACUCAAAAAGGUUUCUUCCCGCCUAAAGAAAGAAUUAGUCUCAUUCUAAAAACAGUGAAUCAAGGUGACAGUGAACGACUGUGUCAAGGAAUGUUUCACAAUUAUCCCACGAUUUGCAAGGAAAAAAUGGAAUCAGUAGCGAGGUCUUUAGAAUGGUUUGAAUUUUUCGACGAAAUUACAAAAACAGUUGCUGCCCGACAAGUUUGGACCGUAAUGCCUUAUACAAAUUAUGCUUUCGUUAUUUGGCAUUUUGAUUUGGCUAGUCAACAAAGUUCUAAAUUGUCUUAUCCACUGACAGUAAGUGAGGUGAAUCAAAAACUUACGAGAAAUAGAGCAAUUUUAACAACAUCCCAAAAAUCGUGUAGAAUCGACAAACUAACUCUGACUCUUGAUAUUUCUCCAUUGUUACCUGAGCUCUUGGCACCACGCUUAAGAUCAGUUUCUGCUCAUCUUUAUUCUUCCAAGGAAAAAGCAGAGUUGAUGCAUUUAGUGAACGUCAUGUUGGAUUAUGGACUUACUCUCAUUCAAGAAAAGAAGCCAGAAGGAGGAUUUGAGUAUAAUCUCGAACCAGACCUUUUGCAGAUUGGCACUUUUCCUGACUGUAAAUUCAGACGUGGCCUUUCUUACGCCGUGAAGCAGAUUGUCAUUCAAGAAUUAGAAGUGGAGCGUGUAAAACGUGCUGCUGCUUUAGUUAAUUCUGCAAGUAAUAAACAAGAAAAACAAAAACGAGUUGACGUGACGCAAGAGUUUGAGAAAAAUGAUGAAAAAGACGACUGUGAAUUGAAAAGUGCAAUGCCAAAUAACAUGAAGCAGACACUCGAGCCAGUGGAAGUUAAACCCAUUACAGGGAAAUAUCGAGACUUCUUUAAACAAUUCAAAGACGCGGGUCAAACCAGGUUUGCAGAACAGCAUCAAUUCGAUGUAACGGAACCUUUUCUACAGGAAAAUGCUUCUGUGAAAAAAGUGCAAAUAUUUAAAACUGACGUUACGUACAAAUUUAAAGAAGGUUACACUAAUGCUGUACGCCGUAAGAUCAAAAUGGAAGAUCUCCUAUGAGUAAAUUUACAACAUCUUUCAUGCAUUUCUGCUUUUUUUAUUAUUUAAAAAUAAUGCGGUAUUAAAAGUUAACAUUUUUUUUACAUACAUUCUGUACAUCGUAAGACUUAACUGGAAGCUCAUCUUUGAAUUUUUUUACAACACCGAUAUGACUUAUAAUGGACAUUUUUUUUACUGCUUUUAUUAGCUUUUUUUUACUAGAUACUCCUCUUGAAUUUAGAGGAUUUGAAUUUUUAUCAAAAGUCAUAUUCGAAUUUCUCAGUGCCUUAUGUGCUAAGGGGGAAAAUAAAAUGAUGAUAUAAAACUACGAAAGAA